AUGCCCGUUAAGAAAGAUGAGGAGCACAAAGUCUUCCGGACAAGGCUGUGGUUGUGUUGUGUCAUCGUGUCCAUACGGACAAAUUGCGUUGAAGGUAUACCUCCACUCGCUGAAUCGUUCUUCGAUUCUGACGAACGAGAUCGGGAGGACAUGAUUCCCUAUCUGCCGGUCGAUCUCCAGUUCCUCCACAAAGUCUACAUCAUCCUUCUCCGCGCAAUGGUUGCUAUGGGCAAGACCAAUCUGCAAUCCAUGAAGUGCGACGUCCGUGUGCUACGAUCCCUCAUUAGCAUCUUCGACUCGCAGCUUCUCAGCCUGUCGGCUUCAGCUCCCAGCGAUCUCGAUUCGCUCCAACUUAGCUGUGCCCGCAUUCAUGUGAUGGCUUUCCAUUUCUUUGCUCAUCCCAUGAGCCCUGAUGCAGAUGGUCUCUCCCGGUUCUACUCCCUUUGCGUCUCGACAAUCAAUGCCGCAGCUGCCAUGGCCCAACAAGUCCAUUUUGCAUCAGUCUCUCAAUCAUUCGUUGACAGGACUAUAUGUCUUGCCGGUUUCUCCAUCCUUAGGCUCGUGCGAAGCCCACUCGCUCAGCACCUAGACCUUGCUUCUGGCGAGCAAGCGUUUUUCCAGGCAGCCCAGUUCCUUAAGAACGUCUCCUUACAGCCAGGAGAUAUUGGCGUGCGCACAGCCAUGAUCAUGCACGACCUUUGGAACAGCAGCAAGGUCUUCCGUAGAAAAGACGGACGCAUCGAAUCGCUGGGUUUGAGAUUACGAACCAGACUUAGUAUGAGUGUGAGCUACGACAUGUUCUGGUAUUGGAGGGAAGAGUUUGGCAACAUGCAGAACCCGUAUAACGGAGAUGAGAACGUACUAGCGUCGAACGAAGCAACUCAGCCUAACACACCUCCGUACAUCCAGAACCAGGACCAAAAAUUCCCAGCCGCAACAGCGGCAUCGACAAUGCCUACGGCGCAACAACCUCUAACGAAGUUCGACCCAAGCCUUAUUAAUCCCCAACUGCAGGUGGACCCUUCUGCAGGAAUGAGCUUCGAUACCUGGGACGGAUCCGACUACAAUGUGCCGCCAAUGCUGGAACAGUUUCCAGACUACGAUUGGGCAGCCGGAUUUCAGUUUUCAAACAGCGAAUUUCCAAAUGCUCCUCUAGGCCCCGUAGGUGGACCAAUACCACAAAAUGUCGGAAACAUGGGAUACACCUUCGGUUGA